GCAAAGAGAAAACAGCUGAAACUGAAAACGAAAGGACGACAAAAACACACCUUGCCUACUUAAUUGGAUCUGCUUAAUUCAGAUGACGUGGCUAAAAAACCAGAAGGGCUUUCCUUUUUUGGUUCUCGUUCUAUAACCUCAAAUUCAAAAGGAUUUCGAGACUUGUGAUGUGAUCUCAACACCAUCUCCUAAGAGCAAAGAAGGAAGAAGAAGAAGUAGAAGGAAGGAAGGAAGAUAACGUAAUAGAAGAGGGAUUGUUAACCAGCGAGUCAUGGACUGGCAGCAAGUUUCUUCUCAGAGAUUAAGCUCUCUUACCGUUGGAGAGCAACUCUGCGCCGUAUUCAUACCUAUCUUUGCCAUUUUUGAUUUCCUUUUCUCCACCGUGGGACAAUGCUUCGAUUGCCGCAGCCGCCGCCGAUCGCCUCAGACAUGCCAGCAGGCGAAUCUGGCUCUUCUUGCCCUUGACUCUCCAUCAGUUUCAGUCAAUGAAGUUGAAGCAUUGUAUGAGUUAUUCAAGAAACUUAGCUGUUCAAUCAUUGAUGACGGCUUGAUUCACAAGGAAGAGCUUCAGCUGGCGCUUUUCCAAGCUCCAUAUGGUGAGAACCUCUUUCUUGAUAGGGUUUUUGAUUUGUUCGAUGAAAAGAAGAAUGGAGUUAUUGAGUUUGAGGAAUUUAUACAUGCCUUGAGUGUGUUUCAUCCCUACGCACCAAUUGAUGAGAAGAUCCACUUUGCGUUUAGGCUCUAUGAUCUUAGACAAACCGGAUUUAUAGAGCGAGAAGAGGUGCAUCAAAUGGUGGCUGCUAUUCUGAUGGAAUCUGAAAUGAUUCUAUCCGAUGAACUUCUGACCAUGAUCAUUGAUAAAACAUUUGCUGAUGCAGAUUCUGACAAAGACGGUAAAAUAAGCAAGGAGGAAUGGAAAGUGUAUGUGCUUAAGCAUCCCACCUUAUUAAAGAACAUGACUCUUCCUUACCUAAAGGAUGUGACGACUGCAUUCCCAAGUUUUGUAUUCAACACCGAGGUUGAAGACUGACACAACAACAGCACCGGUUAUCUCUUUCUUCUUGAUUUUUUACGUACAGAAAAACAGUUGUAAAUGUGAGGUUGCUCAUAUCGUCAUUGUAGACUGUUCCGUUGAAAGUAAUAAAGAAUUAUUUCUUCUAUGGCCA